GCCACUGUGCAGCGCGAGCGUCGGGAGCGCGCAACUGCAGCAGAUCGUCUCGUGGAGGGCGGGGGGAGCGCGCGUGCUCUUCAUCACUGCUCAUCCAGAAAUUCACCAGGAGGACCGGGACCGGAGAGCCGACAGGAUCCCAGGCUGCUGGACCGUCCGAACCCGCAGAACCCGAGCGGAACCAGAGACGCGCCGCCGAGGCGCAGAAAACGCACCGCGCCCACACGCACCGCGCCGAGCGGCGUGCGCUCCUCCAGGUGAGCGAGUGGGAACCAGCGAUCCGCAGAGAUCCCGGUCCUGAUCUGAGCCCGGAACCGCAGAGGCGCAGCGCGGACCGGCGGACCCCUCUCUCGGGGUUCUACGCGCUUUCGGCGCCGGAGCUCCGCGUCGACGCGGCGGCUGCAGGCGGAGAGCAGCUGGGGGAGGAGCGGCCCGGAACCGCCGCCGCUGCUCCGGGAGCUCCUGAAGACCGCUGCGGCAGGAGCGGCUGUCGGUGCCCGGGGACCGAGGCGGACCGUCCACCGGCCGCCUCACCCAUGGGUUAGAUCCGGGCUGGUGGUCCAGAGCAGCCCGCAGAACCCCGGAGGCUCCGCUCUCACCUGCACGCACCUGCCCACCCGAGCCGACCUGCGGGGGCCGGAUGAUGUAGGCGCCGCUGCCCCGCAAACCCGCAGCAGCACCGCUACCGGUCCAGGUCGCAGGACCCCGAACUCAGGGUCCCUAGUCUCCGCACCCAGGUCUCUGGAGCCCAGGUCUCAGCCCCCCAGGUCUCAGCCCCCCAGGUCCCCGGUCCAGAGAAGCACCAUGCCGGCGGGGAUGAAACCGCUGGAGAAGUUCCUGAAGAAGCAGACCACCGCUCUGACGCGGGCCGGGGGGUUCGGAGGGGUGGGGGACAAGGCCAGCGGCGGCACCGGGGCGUCCCGCAGGAGGGCCAGCCUGUCCCGGGUCGUCCCGUUCUUCAGGGAGACCUCACCUGAGAGCGGCCAUGCGCGCGAGGUGUUCAGCCCGGACAGCGAGGACCCCCCCUCCUGGCCCGCAGCCGCAGGGACCGGGCUGGCUUCGGUUCCCUGCAGCGCCAACGGCCCCAGCUCUGGGUCUGGACCCGGUUCUGGUUCUGGUGGAGGAGACGUGCGCAGUCCGUCUCUGUCCAGCGACGAGCAGAGCUCCGAGGCGAGCCUGAUCACAGAGGGAGGCAGCGGGGGAGGAGGAGGAGGAGGAGGAGGAGGAGGGACGCCUCUUCAUCCUGACACUCCAGACAACCUGACCCUCGCUGUGCUGGACGGAGUGGCUGGAAAACGCUUCGGACACUGCGCAGAAACCCUGCUGGAUGACUUCAUGCUGACCCACCCCAUCUUCCUGACGGCCGACAGGCUCCAGCAAGUCCUGCUGCAGCAAUUCACGUUGGAGGCCGAGGGGGGAGGCAGAGAGAGGGAGAGGAGAGACGGAGACUCGGAGGCGUGGAUGAGCGGCGCAGAGAGGAAGCAGGCGGUGUUGAACAUGGCCUUCCGCUACCUGGACACCUACAGAGAGCUGCUGCAGGAGGAGGGAGAGCGCAGCAACAGCUUCCCAAAGGAGCUGUACACGUGUGCGGUUAAGGAGCUGACCCGGUAUCCUGACCUGGUGGACGACGUCGUCAAGCUGCAGCGAUGGACCGAGAUCUUGCAUUGCCCCUCCGAGGAGGAGAAGGAGAGCAAGAAGAAGCAGGUCCGUCCACUCUUCAGACACUUCAGACGUAUCGACGCCUGUCUGCAGCCCCGUGAGGCCUUCAGAGGCUCAGACGAAAUCUUCUGCAGGGUGUACACCCCGGAUCACUCAUACGUGACCAUCCGGAGCCGCCUGUCCUGUCGGGUCGGAGAGAUUCUGGCUCUGGUUAAAGAGAAACUGCAGUACAGUGAAGACCAGCCAGUGCUGCCUGGAAACCUCAUACUGGUGGCCGUCACCUCAGCGGGAGAGAAAGCCGUGUUUCGUCCAAGCGAUGAAGCCGUCUUCACCACGCUGGGCGUCAACACCCACCUGUUCGCCUGUGAACCCUCUGAACUCGACUCUCUGCUUCCUCUUCCUGAGGAGAUCCACUGGACGCCUGGUGACAGUAAACUUCAUGACAUGUCUGCGGAGGAAGUGGCCAAUCAGCUGGUGGUGUUCGACUGGGAACUCUUCAGCUGCGUUCAUGAGGUGGAGUUCAUCUGUUACGUAUUUCACGGCGAGCAGUCCCGCUGGCGCCCCCUCAACCUGGAGCUGGUACUGCAGCGCUGCAGCGAGGUGCAACACUGGGUCGCCACUGAGAUCCUGCAGUGCCAGUCUCUGCCCAAGAGGAUCCAGCUGCUGCGCAAGUUCAUCAAGAUCGCAGCGCUCUGUAAACAGCAGCAGGACCUGCUGUCCUUCCUGGCCGUGGUUCUGGGUCUGGAUAACCCCGCAGUCAGCAGACUGAGGCUCACCUGGGAGGGUCUUCCAGGGAAGUUCAGGAAGCAGUUCCAGCAGUUUGAGAGCGUCGCUGAUCCCUCCAGGAACCACAAGUCCUACAGGGACCUGAUGACCAGCCUGAGACCCCCGCUGAUCCCCUUCACCCCACUGCUGCUAAAAGAUUUGACGUUCCUUCAUGAGAGCUGCAAGACGUUCCACGGUGAACUCGUCAACUUUGAGAAGAUGCAUAAAGUGGCUGAGAUGGUGAGAACCAUCCGACGGUACCGGAGCUCCCAGCUGGCCAUAGAUACAGAGACGUCCCCCUCCCACCUGCAGACCAAGGCCUACGUCCGGCAGCUCCAGGUGAUCGACAACCAGAACCUGCUGUUCGACAUGUCCUGCAAGCUGGAGCCCAAAGACACGUAGAGGGGCGGAGGAACGGGCAGGAGGUCCAGGACCAGGACAUCCUGUUCCUCCACAUCUGCACCAGACAGCUGGACACGACACACAUUCUGCCACAAACCCAGACAUCCACAACCUCCAUUCUGCAGGAGACCCCAAACUCCAAUGUUCUGCAGAAUCUGUAACACUGCAAAGUCCAGAACCAGACCGAUAAACCUGCAUCAACCCAAACCUUAAACACUGGUUCCUACAGUUCCUAACACACAGCUGAAACACAGAGCGCACGUGCCUGAGCAAAUUCUCAGUGAU